AGCUGUGGAGGCCCUGAUGUCCAUGAACCUCCAGCAGAGGGAGUUUCGUGCUUUGACAGCGUCCUCUGAUGUGUGUGAAGAUCCCUUCGCUGCUGAUUUCCUCCAGUCGACCUCUGUAAUGUCAUGCAUGACUCCACCGUACAGCCCCGACAGCGACCUGCACCUGGGGUCAGGGGUCACGGCUUCACCGGAGGCCAGAUCUCAAGCGGUCAGUGUGAUCCGGCACACGUCAGACACCUAUCGUGAUCCGCUCAGAUCUUCAGCAGAUCCCCCAUCAGCCCCUGCUGCAGCGCUGUCGGAUUCUCCGUCUGGAAACUCGCCAGCGCUUUCAGUCUUCCAGAUGCUUCCUCCUCUGGCGUCUGUGGUGUUUGUGGCCAAAUCUUCAGUCGUGGUGAUUCUGCCCCCUAAACAAACAGUCACAGCACCUUCAUUGGGUUUGAAGUUCACCGCCAUCGCUCCCGCUCCAGCCCGCGACUCGUCCGCAAACAGCCCCGCAUCUGGAGCCGUCCCGUCACGGCCCCGCAAUCACAUCUGCACCCAUCCCGACUGUGGGAAAACAUACUUCAAAAGCUCCCACCUGAAAGCACACCUGAGAACACACACAGGUGAGAAGCCGUUCAGAUGCUGUUGGGACGGCUGCUUACGGCGGUUUGCCAGGUCUGAUGAACUGUCUCGUCAUCGCCGCACGCACACAGGAGAGAAGCGUUUCUCCUGUCCGGUUUGCCACAGCCGCUUUGUGCGCAGCGACCACCUGGCAAAACACGCACGCCGCCAUAUAACAGCCAGGAGAUCGGCAGUGUGGCAGAAGGAGGUUUAUCGUCUUCACAACAUCAGUGCGGUCUGUCACAGCCUGCAGCCUCUGGCACCCAAAACUGAGAGCUGACAGAGAGUCCUUCACAUCUCUAACGGUUUAAUUGUUUAUAUACUGUAUGUACACUACUGUUCCAAAGUUU